AGAGAAGAAAGGAGUUAGUGCGCGUUGAGAGAGCGGGUACUGCGAACUGCCUUACUAUGCUGUAGCCCCCGGUCCCCCCUGCACUGUACGGGAUCAAAACGUGCAACUUAGGUCUCAUCUUGUUUACAAAGAUAGCUAAAAACACUGCUGAGCGGGGAAGGCAAGCCUCAUGAGUCGGCCUCGUGGAUUGCAUCGACAUAAUGGAUUUAACUAAAAUGGGUAUGAUCCAGCUCCAGAACCCCAACCACCCCACUGCCCUGCUGCAGAAGGCCAACCAGAUGCGUCUGGCCGGGACUCUGUGUGAUGUAGUCAUUAUGGUAGACAGCCAGGAGUUCCACGCUCACCGGACUGUGCUAGCCUGCACCAGCAAAAUGUUUGAGAUCCUCUUCCACCGCAGCAGCCAGCAUUACACCCUGGACUUUCUUUCACCAAAGACUUUUCAACAGAUUUUGGAGUAUGCGUACACUGCCACGCUACAGGCCAAGGUGGAGGACUUAGAUGACCUUCUGUAUGCAGCAGAGAUCCUGGAAAUUGAGUAUUUGGAAGAGCAAUGCCUCAAGAUCCUGGAAACAAUCCAGUCCUCAGAUGAGAAUGACGUGGAGGUCAAUGUUAAUGAUGGGAGCACAGAGGAGGAUGACGAGCGCAAAGGCCACAACGGAGCCAAGAACUCUAAACAGCAUUCCAUGGAGAGUCCAUAUCUGUCAGGUACCCAGCAAGUGUCCACCAUGUCUGGCAUGGUGGACCAGAGUCCCUCGGUCUCCACCUCCUUUGGUGUCUCCACUCUGAGUCCCACCAAAGCUGCUGUGGACAGCCUGAUGAGUAUCGGCCAGACUCUGCUACAGCAGGGCUUUGGUGGUGAACAACUUGUCCAUGGCAACUCCCACCACUUGAUGACUGAGAUCAAGACUGAAAUGAUGCAAGUGGACAUGGGUGGCAACGGCCAUGACAGCCCUCAGAACAUGGAGUCAAGUGCCUCCAGCAAUGGAGAGCGAAGUGGGGAGGACAGGAACCGAGAUGGCCCCGGAACACCAACCAGGAGCAGCGUAAUCACCAGUGCCCGCGAGCUGCAUUACGUCCGCGAUGAAGGCAUGGGUGACCAUCAAGCUGAAGUCAGCCAGAUGGGGCUGGAAGCAAUGGCUGGAAUGACGGAGAAACACCUGGCCUCGCUGUAUGCCCUACCUGUCAAUCAUAAGUCAGAUGCCAUCAUGUCAAUGCCGGCAUCCAUGGCCUCUGCUCUCCCCAUGUCCCCAGCCCUGGCUAUGUCCAUGGACUUUAGUGCCUACGGGGGACUCCUGCCUCAGAGUUUCAUCCAGAGAGAAUUCUUCAGCAAGCUCGGGGAGCUGGCAGUGGGUAUGAAACCAGACGGCAGGAACCAGCAUGAACGUUGCAAUGUUUGCGGUGCAGAACUGCCGGAUAACGAAGCUGUGGAGCAGCACAGGAAGAUGCACAGUGGAAUGAAGACCUACGGCUGUGAGCUGUGUGGGAAGAGCUUCCUGGACAGCCUCCGUCUACGGAUGCAUUUGCUGUCUCAUUCAGCUGGUGAGAAGGCCAUAGUUUGUGAUCAGUGUGGCGCCCAGUUCCAGACAGAGGAAUCCCUGGAGGCUCACCGACAGAUCCAUACCGGGUCGGACAUGGCGAUCUUUUGCCUGCUUUGUGGGAAGCGUUUCCAGACCCAGACAGCAUUGCAGCAGCACAUGGAAGUCCACGCCGGUGUUCGCAGCUACAUUUGCAGUGAAUGCAACCGGACUUUCCCCAGCCAUACUGCACUCAAACGUCACCUACGCUCACACACAGCAGGGGACCACCCAUUUGAAUGCGAGUUCUGCGGGAGCUGCUUCCGAGAUGAGAGCACGCUUAAGGGCCACAAACGCAUCCACACUGGGGAGAAGCCCUAUGAAUGUAACGGCUGCGGGAAGAAGUUCAGCCUCAAGCACCAGCUGGAAACCCACUACCGUGUGCACACAGGUACUGUGAUCAAAAUUAGUCCAACUGACAAAGAAGAUCUUGGAAGAGCAAGAUGCUGCAUUUAUUGAUAUUGUUGUCCAUGUUGCUUUUCAAAGGAUUGAGGACUUUAUGUGGUUUUGGGGAUAGUUACUGUGCCCUAGAAUAGUUAGAUUUAGUUAAUCGCACAGCCCAAAACUUGUUGUCCAACAUCAUUCCAUUGCUAUCGCUAUGGAGCUCUUCCUUGGGUUAGUCCACGUUAUGUGUUU